AUGGGGACGAAUAUCGAAGAUGAACAACUCAUUGGGUAUCUUAUAAAUUUUGUUACUGGUAUGCCUGUUGGAUGCGAUGAAAUUCGUACUGUAGAACUGUAUAGCAACAAGAAGCCUUCUCAGUUAUUCGAUACGACUACUACUGAUCAUCAUUAUGUCUUUACUGAGUUGAAGAAAAAAGGUAAGUACUUCAACAGGGGAAUUGGUGGCAGAGGCGGCUCAUGGAGAGCAUACGGCGCAAGUGAAGACGUUGUCGACAAGAAUAGAUCAGUGAUUGGUUUCAAGAGAAGAUUCCGCUUUGAUGAAGAAAAUCAUAUCUGGAUUAUGAAAGAAUAUUGCCUUUUUGAUAGUAAACUGAAGGACUUGAGACUACGUGGUCAAAUUCGACAUGAGGGAUUUGUUGUAUGUAGCAUUAUGAGGAAGGACACUUGUUCAUCACAAUGUCAAGAAAAUCAAGAUUUGGGUCUAAUUCAAUCUGAUGACUUAAAAGAAUCAACUAUGACUGCUGUAAAACAAGAUGAGUGUUUUGUUCGACAAGAAGUUGUUGAUGAAGAAACUCUUCGCAAUGCGUAUACUCGCCCUCUGCUUGAUUCAAUGUUUAGGAACACUCCGAAACCAUAA